AUGAUUCGAAAAAUUAAUAAAAUAGAAAAUGUUGGUCGAUUUCGUUCAUAUGUGAGUUGCUAUCCAGAUGAAGUUGUCUUUAAGAAGCUAACCGUGAUCUAUGGCUCAAAUGGUAGUGGUAAAACGACACUGGCAGCUAUUUGCCAUUCCAUGACGAGCGGUGACCCUGGUGGAAUAGUGAAACGUAAUUCAGCUAUUCAGUACUCACCCAAUUCAACAACACUUGCUACAGCAGAUACCUCAGAUAAAAUAGUCUCCGCAUUACAAUCUUCGCAAUAUAUUGAAAUUCUCGAUUAUAAUGAAACUGUUUACAAAUACGAAAAAGAGAAAUGGAGUAAAACUUUUCCGAACAUUCAAAUAUUUAACAGCCAUUUUUGUAAAGAAUUCUUUGCAAGUUUGAAGCCAUCACUCAGCUUAUGUAGUGGUGAUCGAUUUACUGCACUACGAAACGAAACUAAAACUGUUCUUCUUCAGAAUUGGGAUGCAUUGGAUAAUAAGAGUGCCGAGGCGACAUCGAUCGAAUUUAAUGAUGAUGUUAUUAAAAAGCGAAAGAAAAAAGUAGAAGGUGAGCCAUCUAUAUAG